CAGCGAGCUCGGCAAGCAAAGGCGAGGGGGUUUGUGGUGGGGGUCAAAGAUACGCAGAGAAACGGGCUGCUGGUGGCGAAGAUGGCGGAUGGGGACAGUGGCAGUGAGCGCGGCGGAGGCAGCAGCACCGGUGGCGGUGGCGGAGGGGGAGGCGGAGGGGGAGGCGGCGGAUUCCAGCAUUACCAACGGGACGCGGAGACCCAGGAGCUGGCGUCGAAGCGACUGGACAUUCAGAACAAACGCUUCUACCUCGACGUGAAGCAGAACGCCAAAGGCCGGUUCAUCAAAAUCGCCGAGGUCGGGGCCGGCGGCUCGAAAAGUCGCCUGACCCUCUCCAUGUCCGUGGCGGCGGAGUUCCGCGACUACCUGGGGGAUUUCAUAGAGCACUACGCCCAGCUCGGGCCUAGCACCCCGGAGCAGAUCGCCCAGUCGUCCGGCGGGGACGACACCGGGCCUAGGCGGGCCUUGAAGAGCGAGUUCCUGGUGCGCGAGAACCGAAAAUACUACCUCGACCUGAAGGAGAACCAGCGGGGUCGCUUUCUCCGGAUCAGGCAGACCGUUAACCGAGGCCCCGGUUUCGGCGUCGGCGCGGGCGGAAUCCCGGGGUCCGGCCUGCAGGCCGGACAGACCAUCGCGCUGCCGGCCCAGGGCUUAAUAGAGUUCCGCGACGCCCUGGCCAAGUUGAUAGACGACUACGGGGGAGACGAGGAGGAGCUGGCCGGCGGCGGGGGGGCCGGCGGGUACAGCGAGCUGCCGGAGGGCACCUCGAUCAUGGUGGACUCGAAGCGGUUCUUCUUCGACGUCGGGUCCAACAAGUACGGAGUUUUCUUGCGGGUGAGCGAGGUGAAGCCCAGCUACAGGAACUCCAUAACUAUCCCCUUCAAGGCCUGGGGCAAGUUCGGCGGGGCGUUCAGCCGCUACGCCGAGGAAAUGAAAGAGAUCCAGGAGAGACACCGGGAUAAGAUGUACGAGAGGAGAGCCGGCGAGGAGUCGGAGGGGGACGACGUGGACGACGAUUGACGGCCGGGGGGGAGAGAGAGGGAAAGGGAGAAAGGGCCGACCCGCACGAUGCAAAGCCUGGCGAUAACCGGAGAGAGAGAGAGAGGAACGACUAUUCUGUGCAUGACGAAUCGAACUUUAAAAUGCUAGAACAACGGAGUCAAAUUUAAAAAAAAAUGCAAACAAGUGUAUAUAUAUAUAUAUAUAUAUAUAUUAUACAUAUGACUGAGAAAAUGCUGUCUAUACAAGAGAAUCGUGUCCUAAAGUUUAGGUGGAUGUUUUAGGUAAAUGAGUGCGGACUGCAGUAGUCAGCUCCUGUAUGAGACCCCACCAUGAUAAAUAUAUAUAUAAACUAAAUACACAUAUAUCUAUAUAUAACUAUAUACAUUGAUUUUCUAUCUGAUAACCUCACAUGUAUAGUUAGGCCAGCCAAUUAAGUUUGACAGUGCUCAAGAUACCCCAAUAGCUGACCACACCCACUUCCUGGGUGACGUCCAAAGGUAGGAGGUCACCUGGUGGAGCUGACCUGCGGUCUGCUUGAUGAUGAUGAUGUAAGUGUGGGAGCGUGUGGCAUCCUCAUACCAGCAGGUGCAGGUAAGAGCACCUGAAUCACUCCACCGUGGCUGUGUGUGUGUGUAUUUUAGUCUAAAAUGACGUGUACGGAGAGGCUUGCCCAGAACCUCCCCCCCUGCCACCCCCCCCCCCCCAGCCUGUAUGGUCUGUGCCGCUAUUGGGGUCAUUCGUGGCAUCUCGGAACAUCCACUCGGCCCCCCCCCCCCCGGCGAGGUCCCCGUACGGGUUACCUGUUACAAGCACACGGCUCAUUCAGAGUCUCCGGGCGAUCCGAAGGAGCCUUAAUGACACCCCCCCCCCCCACACACACACACACCCCCCUCCUUCGGUGCUAACCUCCUGCCUCCGAUAGCUGAAACGUGGCGAGGUGGCUCGUUUAGUCUCUGCAUCUAGAGUCGCCCCCCCCACCGGUGCCUGUGCAUCACCCUCAGGAGGUUCCCUGGUCGGCCAGUUGCUGCAGUCCAAGACGUCCGCAGCAACAGCCCACGUUUGACCUCUGUGACCUUUUUGUCGUCUGGGUCACGGCAAGCUAAAGGGCCUCUGGCAACGGUCGCGAUUUUUCAAGCAUAAGCUCGAUAACCAAGGUGCGCCAUUUGGGUCCUUUUUGACCUUGAACUCGGACCAUUGAUGAGUGAAGGAUAUUCAGUCUGAUUGUAAGAAAAAUGUGGUCCUUUUUAAAACAAAUCAACAAUGGGGUGCUGUACUUUAGAAGAAGAAACAUAUAUAUAUACUGGAAGAGAUUUACCUCCAACUUAAAAGGUCAAGUAUAGAUAGAAUUAUUUUUCAAAAGAGAUAUAUUGAAAUAUGUGUCGGAAACGUGAGACAUUUAUCAGAUAACGCUGCCUAAAGUGGCUUAUUUAAAACACUAAACUUGGAUGCAACUGUCCAUUGUGAUAUUUCCUACCUGCUUUUUUUUCCUAAAGUUUCUUUUAUUCCUUAGAGGAAAUUAAGACAAGUACAAAUUGAUUACAAAGUAUGUUAGAGCAAUUUCUAUAGACUUCAUUGAAGCAGUCUGUCGUUAACACUCAGCACUCCAGUUCACUUUACAGCGUCGAGUUGCCCCCCCCCCCCCCCCCCCCCAGUCCACUCCUUUUUACCACGUUUUACUCACACGGCUUUCCAUCGGUUGCCAUACGACGCGAACAUAAACACCUGCAAUCAUCCACGUUUUGUCUUUAGCGCUCCUUUGGAAAAAAAAAAAAAAGCUAUGAUACCUUUUAUUGUUUUGCAUGCUCUUUACGCGGAGCGGCCUCGUGUUUUUCUUUUGCAUAUUCUGAGUGCUGUACGAUGGUAUUUAUCCUUUUUUUUUUUUUUUAAAGCGGUUUCAAGUUUUAUUUCCUGCGAUGAGAAAACAUUAACAUUUACUUCUCACAGCCUAAUAGUACAAAUUUAAAAAAAAGAAAAAAGUUCCCGAGCCUGGGGAAAAUGUCACUGUCAUUGUUCCGCUUCCUUUGGUGAGUGAAGCUCUUGUUGAAGUUGACUUAUUUCAACACAGCAGAUUCACGCCAAAUGGAGGGG